CAAAGUCCCUCUAGUCGGACAGUUUUUGUUCCAGGACUUCAGUGUUUGUUUUAGUUUUAGCAUGAGCUAGAUAAGUUACCUAGCCAGCUACUAACAAUUUAACACUAGCAAUUUGUAAUUUUGUCAACUAUAUGUAUGUUGUUGUAACUAUGUUAGAAAAACAUGGCAGAAGACGAGCUUCUGGCGUUCAGAGAGCAUUGGAAGCAAGAACUGACGAUUAAAAACGAGGCGCAUUCGAACUGUAACGUUACUCUUCAACCAAGUCGGGAAGACUCUAAAUUAAAACGGUAUUUUGAAGAUUUUGGUCAGAACAGAAGUGAACCAGAAAAAAGACAGGAUUCAACAUCACAGGGGAGCAGUAAGGGAGGACAGGAAGCAUUUUUGUCUGCAGCAAAAACUCCAAAGGAGGACCAACCCGAGUAUGUGUCGAUAGCCGAGGGCUUGCUAGAUGGAAGGACCAGUCCCUUGUUGGAGAGGAUCCAGGAGGAGAGGACUCGAAGGAAGAGACAAUACCACAGUCUGACAAGCGCCUGUAACACCUCCUCCCAACAACAACCCCAGAGGAAAAUUAACAAGGGUGACAAAUUAGUGGAUCAAUUCAUUCAAGACCUGAAUGAGACAAAUGACAUUCCCUUCUUUGACAUUGAGUUGCCCUACGAGUUAGCGCUGAAGAUCUUCCAGUACCUCAGUCGGACAGAGCUGGGGCGAUGUGCUCAGGUGAGCAAGGCGUGGGGGGUCCUGGCAGAGGAUGAGGUGCUGUGGUUUAGGAUGUGUCAGACAGAGGGUUAUCACCACGGGGCCUCUGUCUCUGACUCCCCCUGCUGGAAGAGCAUGUUACGAGAUUGCAGGAACUCUGAAAACACUGUGCGCUCCAACUGGAAGAAUCGUGUUGGAUCAAUCAGCCAACUGCAGUACGAGCUGGGGAAAGUGUUGUGUGAUGUCAGUUCCUGUGACAGCUAUGUUGUUGCUGGGUACACGUCAGGGGACGUGAGACUGUGGGACACCCUCCACUGGGACUCUGCAGCCUCCUUCCUGAAGCCAAGCCCCCUGACGGCAGACGUCACCCCCAGACCUCACGUCAGUCACAUCCGGGUCAACAACACUGUGGCUGUGGCUGCCUAUGACGAUGGAUGUGUGGAUGUGUGGAGCACAGAGACGGGACAGGAGCCCGUCCACCACUUCCAGAUCCCUGGGAGGGUCCACGCCCUGGCUCUGAGCCUGGAGAGCCCCACCUUGGCUACUGCUGCUGGGCUAGAUGUCCGGCUGGACCAGCCUGAUGAGAGGGGCUACUGGAGGACCCUCUGCCAGGCCACUCUACCCAAACCUAGACUCUGGUCCCAGGUGGAGUCUAUGGUUGUGGUGCCAUGGGCCGGGGGGCGAGGAGGGGACAGUGUCCCCCUGGUGGCCCUGUCUGCUGGGGAGACGGUGUACCUGCUGGCCCCUGAGGACUUGGAACCCCGGGUGCUCCACACCGUCUACGGCCACCCCAUCACCUGUCUGGAUGCCUCGGCCUCUCACGCUGCCCUGGGGAUCAAGAGCUGUGGCUGGGCCAUGAARGAUGGAGGCAACAAGAUCCAGGUGUACAGUCUAGAGACGGGCCAGUCGGAGAUGUCUGUGGGGAACUCAGCGGGAGACUUCUCCUGUGUCAACCUGAGAGACAGCCCUCCUCACAUGCUCGUCUGUGGAAACAAAGAUAGGAGGGUGAGGGUGUUUGACCUGCGCACCGGCUCCUCUGUGACAUCACUGUACGCCCACCACAUGGGCGUGACCUCCGUGCAGGCAGACGAUUGGAAGAUUGUGAGUGGCGGAGGUGAGGGAUUGGUCUGCGUCUGGGAGAUGAGGAUGGGAGCUAAACUGUGGGAGAUGCACAACAGGCACCCAGUKAGACACUUGAGAUUCAACACUAGCACUCUGGUGACAGCCAACAUCCCAGACGAGAAGUCUCCACGAGGAGCCUGCAUCACAGAUGAUGACCUCACAGCCCACCGCAGACAUAGGGGAGUGAUUUGCCACUAUGACUUCUCAGAGGACUCCACCUCCCAGGACCAUGUUCUGCCCAUCUGCAGGUCCAACUAUGUGGAGUCAUCUGGRUACAACUACAACAUUGGCCUSGCCGUGCCCUAUGACAUCCUGUCUGGCUCUCACGCCUCCCACUGACCCCUACCACCAGCCCUUUAGACCCCUACUACUAGUACCAUCAGCCCUGCAGACCCCUUCCACCAGCGCAUGUUCUGCCCAUCUGCAGGUCCAACAAUGUGGAGUCAUCUGGCUACAACAACAGCAUUGGCCUGGCCGUGCCCUAUGAUAUCCUGUCUGGCUUUCACCCCUCCCACUGACUCCUACCACCAGCCCUUCAGACCCCUACCACCAGCCCUUCAGACCCUUACUACCAACCCUUCAGACCCCUACCAUCAGCCCUGCAUACCCCUACCACCAGCCCUGUAGACAGUAUGUACAAAGCAAAUCAGCUUUUAUAUAUCCGUUUUGAUUUUUCAAACUGAAUCUCAUUUUUAAUUAGUAGCUGUCCUUAUUUUUUAAAAGAAGCUCAUGUUUCCUUGGACUGUUAAGGAGUUUGUUUUAAUCUUGCAAAUUUUGUCUAGCGCAAUGAAUUCUGAAUGGAUUUCAUCUUAUGAUGGGAUCAUGUUUUGUUAAAGAUCCAGUGCAGUCAAACACGUGAUUUUUCUGUGUUUUAUAUAUAUUUCCACAUGAUGAUAUUGCCCUUUUAGUGUAAGAGCUAGUUAAUAGAACAAUAAGAAAGAUGGUUUCAAACCCCUGCCAAUAAUAGCUAAUUUUCAGUUUUCUCCUUACCACUCCCAGAUAUUCCUAGCAAAAUUCUUGCUUGAGAAAUGUCACUUCGCUAAGCUACUUUUGUUAAUCUUUUACCAUUAACAAAAAAKWWWAAAAAACGUACCUUUUUAAUUUUACCCCCUUUUCUCCCCAAUUUCAUGGUAUCCAAUUGUUAGUAAUUACUAAUAUUGAGAUAGAAACUGCUGCAUUGGACCUUUAACUAGACAUUGAAGUUGGUACUGACAUCCUCCACAAAUUGAUGGGCAACAACAGUCACAUGGUCCUUUCACUUAAUUUACUUCAGUGGAAUUGCAGAUGGCAGUCUUAUCUAUCUUCACAAGAAGAUGGAAGCAAAACACAAGUAACUCCAACAAUUUUUKAUCUCAUAAUUUCUUUAUUUUUAAUUAAUGACUAAAAUAUGUGUAUACAUUAGUGCAAAGGCUAUUACAGGUUCUUUGGAUAUAAAGAACAAUAUUCAUCUAAUGUAUUUAAACAUUUAUUUUAAGGAUCAAUGUUUUCACCAUGAGUAAUACAUAAAAGUGGUCUUUGAUUUAGAGGGUAGAAUGGUGAGACUCCACUGAAAGGACACAGGAAUAAUGAAGCUUGGUGAACUAAAUAAAUGAGUCUUCCGUGUA